AUGACGGAUUUAGCAUUUAACAAUUACUGUUUGAGCUGUGACAAGUUAUGUUCACAUAACAUGGUCUACUGUUCGGAAGAAUGCAAAAUGGCGGACGAGCAGCAGUCAAUAUUCAGGGACCAGUUCCAGAAUAAUACAGCAAAUCAGAAUUCAAGUGAACAAAAACUUGUAUCUCCUUUGUUGACGCCGUCGUUACAGCAUUAUAAUAACUAUGUUUUGAGUAACCAGCAAUUAAUUGACUCACCAUUACUGUUACCAGUUAGUGGUUAUUCCUACAAUAAUCUCGAUUUCAAUGAAAAGGAGAAUGAUGACUUGGAUUCCACUAGGCUUGACUUGAACUAUUCAGUUCAUUCAAGUAAUAACACAUUAUCAGAACGAUUACCCUCGACAUCUCAUAAUUACCGAAAGUGGUUAACAGCGUGUUUAUGA